AUGGCGCUACAACCUGCUCUGUUGGAUCCUCUCCUUUCCCAUCCUUUCCUCCCUUCCUUUGGUGGAGCAGGCAGCCAGUCGAGUUCGAGUUCAAAUCGGCUGCGCGGUGCGCGCCAGACUUUGGCGCCACAUCAGCGUGUUGGGCGAAACUUUGGGCGAGCUUGUCCCGAGAUCCUGGGACUUACAGCUGCUGGAAUUGCUCGCAGGUUGCAGAGGCGACGAACUGGGCAACAUGCGGCUGCGGGCGGUACUUGGAAUGAUCGGCUUGAUGGUGGAAGGCCUUUGCGUGUGAUCAUUGUGGGCGGCGGUCCUGGUGGUCUUGCUUUGGCCCGUGGCCUGAUCAACAUUCCAGGACUGGACAUUUGCAUCCUAGAAGGCAGACCAGAAGUCAAGACAGGAACCAAGAAUAAGGGAAGAUCUCAUACCAUCGGCCUUGGCCGAAGAGCAAGGGAGGCUAUUUGUCAGCUGGGCGGCCAAUCGGCGUGGGAUGAGCUCAGUGCCAAAGGUAUCAUGGCAGACGGCUUCACACUCCAUCUCAAUGGAGUUCCUUUGUCUUUGCCACCGCCUGAGGGGGAGCCCGUGGUCCUGGUUGACCGUAGUUCGAUCGUCUCUGCCCUCAAGGACGAGCUUUUUGCCAAUGAUUUUGCUGAGGGCACAGAUGUCAGGAUUGAAUACUCGUCAAGGGUGCUCAGUGUGGACGUAGUUCAUAGACGCAUCAUUGUGGUCCGAAACCAGGGCACCCCAGAUUGCAAGGAAGAAUCGCUGGACUAUGACCUGCUCAUUGGCUCUGAUGGCGUCCGUUCGCGAGUUCGCGAAGCAAUGAAUAGCCAACUGCCCCCAGGUCGAUUUGAUUCAGAGCUUCGUGUGAUGCCUGGCAGGUGGAUGGUACUGCGAGUGGAUUUGCCGGAAAGGUACAGCAAAACCAGUGUCCACGCGAUGGUUGCUUCGGAAGCACCGUUUGGACUAUUCUGCAUCCCUGACAAAGCUGGGCCGCACUGUGUGAUUGCUUCCUGGAGUUCAGAUGACUCCCCUGAAGAGCUUUUGAAUGCAAAAACACCGGCCGAACUUGAAGCAGUUUUGCUACGCUACUACCCUCAACUCGAGAAGAUCCCUCAUGACACUGCAGAGGAUUUCCUGAAUAGCGCGCCCUCAAAAGCCGUGGUAAGCCGUUGUCGCCCACUACAUGAUGCGGAUCAUGCCAUUUGCGUGCUGGGGGAUGCAGCUCAUGCUGUUGGUGGCGGUUCCCUCGGGCAGGGCUGCAGUGCCGCGCUGCAAGAUGCUGCAGCGUUGGCUGAAUGCUUGCGAGAGGGCGCGCGGCUGAAUCAAGAGCUGCUUCGUUCCAAAAGAGAGGAACAGACACAGGCCACCAGUGGCGAAGGGGUCCAACAGUGGUUGCAGGUGCGGGAAGAGGCUUUGGUCGGCAGCAUGGCGGCCUUUUCGGACCAAAGGGCUGAAGAAGCAUGGGCCUUGCUGGACCUUAUUGAACUUCAAUCAGCUGCGGAGGUCCGCGCAAAUGCAUUGGUCCAAGGGCCCCUUGUUUUUGGCUUCUUCAUUGAGCAGCUUGGACGAGGCACGCUGAGGCCACUUGCAGACAUUGGCUCUCGCCUUCUGGAAGAGCGCAUUCAAAGCAACCGGGAAAGCUCGUCCAACGAAGUCAAGCAAUUCGUGGGACAUUUGCAAAUGAAGCCUACGAUGAAGUUUUCUCCUGGAGUUCUGGUUUUCCUCAUCGAGCAGUUUGUGUUAAGCAUUUGGAAGACUGUCCUGGAUCUUUUCUCCAGGUUGCAGCCGCCAAUGCAAACGGCUUUGAUGUCUGCCGACGAGUCUUACUCCCAACUCGUGUGUCGGAAUCAAACAUGGCUGGCUUUGCUACGGUCUGCCAGAGUUGCCGCGGGUGCGACUCGAAUCUCCAGUGUUCGAAGCAUACGUGCCUUCAGCAAAGCAGAGGAGGAUGUAUGUGCUUUGUUGGCGCAAAACUUCGUUGUGCAAGAAAGGCUGCAAGACGAUGUGCUCCUGCGCCAGUCAGCAUUAUCAGAUCAACAGAAUUUCUAUGCCAUACUCACUGGAAUCUGCGACGUCAUGAGAGGAGGCGAAGUUGUGGCGCAGUUGCACGCUGGGGAUUGCUUUGGAGAGGCUUCGCUCAUCCUUCAGGCGCCCAGUCCAGUGAGCGUGAAGGCAGCUAGCGAUGUCCGGUUGCUUGUGAUGGAGGGUCAGGUGUUCCAAGAGCUCAUGCAGAAGGUAGGGCAAGAUCUUCAAGGUGCAUUGCAGGCGGCAGCGGAGCGCUAUGGUGCAAGCUUUGCGGAGGUGGAAGCCCAGCAGGAGAGUGGCCGUCAAAAAGUUCGGCAAGUCCUAGAAACUGUGGGCCAAGAGUCUGUGGCCAAGCUUUCCAAUCAUCAACAACCGUUGGACGUGGAUCGGCUGCUGGGGACGGCUGGUUUCGAGUCCUAUGCUAUGGGAGAUUUGGUCGCUCUCGGCUGCCAGCGGCUCCGUGUCUUGGGGCAAGGCGUUUGCAACGUGGUUCGGAGUGGCCGCACUGUGCGAACUUUGAAGGCAGGAAACUUCUUUGGCCCAGAUCUUACGAAGGAUGAGCGCGUAGUCGCCAGCAGUGACGACGUUCUUGUUUGCAGCUUUACCAACGAAGCUGUUACUUCGAUGGGUCUUUUGCUGAACCGGCAAACUGUUUGA